CAAGUUGCCGUGUUUACGCAUGCGCGCGUUACGUCAACGGCGGUCAUUUCCGAAAACCCAAAAUGGCGGACGGAGAUGGGAACCCCCACGAAAUUUUCUGGACUCGAGAAGAGAGGAGUUACAACAAGGACUCUGAUGGCUACUUGCAUUCAUUUGUCCCUGGAGUUGACCAGCCAGGUAACAUAAAAAUGACACAGAAAAUGAAGUUUCAUCAGUCUAACGAUAUGUUGAAUAAAGCAAUGAAAGCUUCAGGAGAUGAAAGAUUGAUGAAGGAACGAACUAACACUGAAAGCAGAGUGGAAAAUCAUGAUAGGAGGAAGGACAAAGACAUACACAAGUCAAAAACAUCAUCAGUGGAAGCCCCAAGGUUAAAAGACAAGCCAUCGCUGAAGGAUCUCAAACCAGAAGACAAAAAGAGGAUUGCUAAUUUGAUCAGAGAAUUAGCAAAGGCAGGAGAGGAGAAGGAGGUAAUUGUUCAGCAACUCAGUGUAGAGCGACGCUCUUAUGAAGAUAAAGUUAACAAAUUACACGAACAGAUGGCAGCCAUUAUACAAGAGAGAGAACUGACUCAGAAACAAUAUUUAGAAUGUCAAAAGCUUCUAGCUGAGUACCAGUCACAGCUAGCAUCUGAACAAGAGAAGCUUGCUUUGUCUUUACAUCAUCGAGCAUCACCUCCAAAGUUCGGCAUGGCCCCACAGUCGCCCACCAAACCAGCGCCAGAUUAUGCACCAGUGGUUAAAAAGAAUCAGUCAAAUACACCACACAAAGAACGUCAGCUAAGAACACUCAGAGUAACUGAUCACCAGACCACCAGCCAGCAUGCUACCCUGACUCAGUCAAAUGGGUACAAUAAUGCACCUCACACUGGGUACAGGUACCCUGUUACCCAUCAAUCCAGCUUGGUACAAGACUACCAAGUGCCUGAUAUACAUCAAACAUCAAGUUGGAACCAACCAGCUGGUACCCAUCAACAUCCAGUACCCAGGACCCAACUGUCCCACCCAAACAUCAUUGGAACUGAGUUCAACCCAUUGUUGGCUAGUACCCACAGGUCUCAACAAGUACAUAGUGGUAACACAAGUUGGACUGAGCCACAAGUAAGAGUACUUGCUAGCAGGAGUGAACCUGCAAUGUAUGUGUCCUAUGGAACCAACAGAAACCCCCAAGGGUACAUGUUUCAACCUGGCCUUGAUCCUGAACACAGAAUACACUUACCACAAAGUGGUCCAUCUUCUAGCUAUCCCAAGGAUUCACAAGAAAUGUUUGGAUCCAGACCUCAGUCAGGGGAGUUCAGACCCCUUCAGCCAGAAUUGGAGACAGACUUUGAAAGCCAAGACAGCAAAUCCCCACAAUAUGUAGCUGCUUUUUGGAACCAUCAGAAUGGUGCACCUGAUGGAUUACAAGGAAACACUCAAAGAGAUAAGAUUGGUUCCAACAACCACCACCAUGGAGAAAUAUCAGAGAUCCCACAUGCUGUAACCAGGCAGCCAGCUUACCAGGCAACUGGGUUACCUGAGCAAUGCCAUGCUGUUCUUGAGAGGCAGAGACACGAGCUUCGUCAAGAGCAAGCUUUGCUGCGACAGAAACUCAAAGAUCAAGAAAAGAUACUACUCCAAAAACAGAACCAACUUGAGCUCCACAGACUACGCCAGCUGGAACAGGAAGGGCAAAGACACAGUACAUCCUCCCACAUGGAAAGAGAAUGGCUUGACCAUGGCAGUGGCACAGUGGCAACCUCUCACCCUCAGAAGAAUGUUAAAGAUCUUGAAUGGGAAGAACCAAACAUUUAUAGUGGGAUGCAGCAUGAAGUGCCCUCUGGGAGUGAGAAUGACAGUGAUGAAGUCAUCUCAACUAAUUACCCACCCGAAAGUUUCAUGAACCAAUCAACAUCAAAAGAAGCCCUUGAAACCUCUAUGAGAAGAUUACAUGUUAGUCCAAGAAGUAGGAAUCCCUGUGGCACUGAUAUGUCAAAUGCCAGAGUUGCUAUAGCAACAGAAAAUCCAUCACAGAGGACACGAGGAAUUAAGAUUGAUGGCUAUGCAUCACUGUAUCCCAACUCCCAGCCAAGGAACAAAAUACAUGUACAAGGGUCCAUGCCAUCUUAUUCACCGUCCACAUCCAGCUCAGGCAUGUCCCAGGCAAGAAUGGUCGACAGGUCAACAUCUCCUUUGUACAAGGACCACAAAACAGAAACUGCAAGAUCUCCUGGAAAGGGAGGCCUUAGUUUGUCCCCUGGGAAGGUUCAUAUCACCCCUGCACCUGCUGCUCAUACGAAUAGGGAACCAAUUCAAAUGCAGCAUCGACGGAGACGAGCAGUGUCACUCCCACAAAGUCCUAGAUAUCACAGUGGUAUAACAAAAGAAAAGAAAAGUAAUGCAACUCGCCUUUCUGAUUUAAUUUCCGAGAUGGAAUCCCCCACCCAACCCAACACAACCCAUGCCAGACUAGUGAACAUAACCGACAGCAGGAGCAUGAUCAGACAGCGUUACAUCAGCACACCUGACUUGUUUCAGGAUGUAGUGGACACAGACACAGAUACAGAGUUACAGGAAUCUAGAAUUCUGGAAGAUGUUUUUUUUUUAUGAGUGUCACUUCAGCGUGAUUAUUGUUAACUUUCUGCACAUUUGUAAGGAAGGCUCAUUUUUAUUCUGUACAGUGCAAAUGUUGUCUUGAAGUUUAUCAUUGCCUGUACAUCUGUUAUGCAAUGCAAGAAUAUUCUAGGCCUUUCUGAAAUGAGAUACUUAAAAAAAUUCAAACUACAAUAUAGCCAAGGUUUUCAUGCAGUUAAUAACCAAUCAAUAAGUUCACAGCAGACCUGACGUUUGGAUUUUGAAAUGUGUCACUUAUAUGUCAUUUAAAUGAAAUAUGCAAAAUUUAAAUUUUUAAAAGUGUAAAUACUUCAAAGGCUUAUGCCAUCAGUUUUGACUUCUUUUUUUACAUGCUAAGUAAGAUAUUAACUUAUUAAACAGCAGUUGCUUUGGAAAAUUUC